AUGCUCAAUGAUCAGUCGCGUGUGCGAAACAAUGUGCGUAUUGGUGGUGUUGAUUUUUUAAGCAAAGAGACGAUAGAAACAACAUCAUCUCUUAGGGACAUUGUAGAGAAACAGAGUUUGAACUAUUUAUCUCAUGGGAAUGGCAGAGAUGUUGUUCUGGAGGAGCAAAUGUGCACCAUUAGGAAUCUAGAUACUGGGAAAGAGUUUGUGGUGAAUGAAGUUCGAGAAGAUGGAAUGUUGGAGAAGUUGAAGGAGGUAGGUACUGAUCGGCAAUUGACUCUGGAGGAGUUUGAGAUGUGUGUUGGGACAUCCCCGAUCGUUCUCGAGCUGAUGAGGAGGCAAAUUGUUGAAGAUGUUAGUAAAGACACUGUGGAUUUGAGUACUAAUGUAAUAGGAAGCAGAGUAACUAAGCAUAGACGGAGAGGGAGUUGGCUAAAGAGUAUAAAGAGUGUUGCUAGUAGUGUGACAGGUUACAAAGAGCGACGAAGCACUGAUGAUAGAGAUUCGCCAUCCGAGAGAGGAGGUCAGAGAUUUAGCUCUGCGACUGAUGAUAGCCGAGAUAUGUCCUUUCAUGACCCGGAGAGAGUUAAGGUUAGGCAGUAUGGAAAGUCAUGUAAAGAGCUCACAGCACUUUUCAAGAGCCAAGAGAUUCAAGCUCAUAGAGGGUCGAUAUGGAGCAUUAAAUUCAGUUUGGAUGGGAGGUAUCUUGCUAGUGCUGGCGAGGACUGUGUUAUUCAAAUUUGGAAGGUUGUUGAGUCAGAAAGAAAGGGAGAACUCUUGUCGAUGGAUAAACAACAAGACGAUGGAAACAUAAAUUUGUUUCUUUUGGCAAAUGGAUCACCAGAACCAGCUUCAAUGUCUCCAAGGAGAAGAGGAAGAACAUCUUUUAGCCGAAAAUCUGUGAGCCUGGACAAUGUGUUGGUUCCAGAAACAGUCUUUGGUCUUUCAGAGAAACCCGUGUGCUCAUUUGUCGGGCAUUUGAAUGAUGUGCUUGAUCUUUCGUGGUCAAAAUCUCAGCACCUGCUUUCCUCUUCCAUGGACAAGACUGUUCGUCUAUGGGAUUUAUCUAGCAAGACAUGUUUGAAAGUCUUCUCACAUAGUGACUACGUGACUUGCAUCCAGUUUAAUCCCGUGGAUGACAAUUACUUCAUCAGUGGAUCGUUGGAUGCAAAAGUUCGCAUAUGGAGCAUUCCUGAUCAUCAAGUUGUUGACUGGAAUGAUCUUCAUGAGAUGGUCACAGCUGCCUGCUAUACACCGGAUGGGCAGGGUGCAUUGGUUGGUUCAUACAAGGGGACUUGUUGCUUAUACAACACACAUGACAACAAACUGCAGCAGAGAAGUGAAAUCAAUCUGAAGAACAGGAAAAAGAAAUCCAAUCACAAGAAAAUCACUGGUUUUCAGUUCGUGGCUGGAAGUUCAUCGGAAGUGCUUGUCACAUCUGCGGAUUCACGUACACGUGUUGUCGACGGUGUUGACCUCGUUCACAAAUUUAAAGGAUUUCGCAACACGAAUAGCCAGAUCUCGGCCUCACUUACAUCAAACGGGAAAUUCUUAGUCUCAGCGAGUGAGGACUCUAAUGUGUAUGUAUGGAACUACGACUCAGACUCUCGAGCUGGAAGAAGCAAACGUGUCACAGUCACAAACUCAUACGAAAACUUUUACUGCCGAGACGUCUCUGUGGCUGCACCUUGGCCUGGCAAAAUCGGUAACAAUCAAAGCAACAACAGCCCGGACGAGUCGCCUUUCAUAGCCAAUAACCCUGCCAAUAACCCUCCAACACCUGUCAACGAUCCAACCAACAACAAAACCGUCACCAACGGUAUCAUUUCGAGCGCCACAAACCGAUACUUCUUCGAUCGAAUCUCAGCGACGUGGCCUGAGGAGAAACUUUUGCUGGCUGCAAAGAACCGAGCCCGAACCAGCCCUCGUGUUAGUGUGGAUAUGUCUAACGGACUGUUUAACACGAAACCGAGUGCUUCGGCUUGGUCUAUGGUGAUAGUGACCGGCGGUUUACGAGGCGAAAUAAGAACAUUUCAGAAUUUUGGAUUUCCGGUUCGUUUAUGA